AUGGGAGAAGUGUGUUCGAAGCAAGGGGGAGAAUUUUGAGGGGAAUUAAUGGCAAUGUGUCUUUAAUAAGUAUUUUUUAAUUUAAACAUUUACCGUAUGUUUGUAUCACACCUUGUAACUUGUUCCCUAAUAAACUGCUUGCCAGUGACUAUGGACAUGGAAAUUGGUUCACAUCCAGCCCUGAUACUCAAUGAGUGGCCAGUUCAAUUCAUUUCUUUUAACUUCGGCUUCAUUGUUCAAGUGGAGGAAUUAAUGAUAAUCAGUACUGUGCUUUGAGACUAUGAUGCUAUCUUCAGAGAUUGAUGUUAUGAAAAUUCAAAAAUAGUAGAUGAAAUCAAAAGUCCUAAGGAAGAAUAAAUGUCCCUCUAUAGCUGGCAGUGUGGCUUUACUGGGCUUCACUUUCCAUGUUUUUACAAUAGCAUUUACUUGAAAGGUUUGUUGCAAAAUAAAAUGAAAUAAUCCACAAAAACCCAUCCUAUUAACCUAUGUUAACUAUUAUCACCAUUACUGAAAGUAUUAUUUGCCACACAGAUGAUUGUAUUGGCCUUAAGAUUAGUCUCCCAGCUGGUUUUGCUGUCUUCUAUACUCUUCAGAUUGCUCUUUCUAAAAUACAAAUUUCAUGGCACUGUCCUGCUGAAACUCCUUAGUGGUUCCCUAUUUUGAUAAAAUCAAAACAAUUGCAAAUAGUAUAUUUGGUCUUUGAUUAUCUGACUCCUUUCUUACCUCUGUCACCACUUCAACCGACUCUCAAUCUUUUGGUUCUAAGGAGAUGUUUGCAGCUCCUUAAGCAGGUAACAGACAUUUUUUUCUUUUUUGCCUGUGCCUUUUCCCAUGGCUGGCUGUCUCUCUGCAUGAUAUGACCUUUUCUGGUGUUCUUCACCAGCUUCAGGAUUUUGAAAGGUUGAUUUAUUGUCAUCUAGCUUCUAGUAUUGUUGAGAAGUCCAAAACCAUUCUUAAUCCUUUGUAUGUGACCCAUUUUCUCUCUGGAAACUUAAUUUUCUUUGCCAGUGCACUGAAAUUUUACAGUAUGUGCCUUGGUAUGGGUCUGUUUUAUUCCACUGUUUUGGUCACUUGGGGGGUACUUUCAAUGUGGAAACUUAGGCUCUUCAAUUCUGGGAAAUUUUCUUGAAUUAUUUAAUAACUUAUAACUGAAUUUUCUCUAGAUCUUUUUUCCAGUCUAAUAUUAGACUUCAUUGACCUAACUUUCUCAUCUUUCAUUUUUUUUUUGCUCUGUAAAGAUUCCUUCAGUACAGUGUCUGACUGACUCAUAACCAGCACUCAGUAAACGUUGAAUGCAUGAAGAGAGAAUCUUGUCUUUCAUUUACUCUUGUAUUUACUCUUUUGUAUAAAGGGGAGGAAAUAAGUAAAUACAAGUUGCAAUGUAGAUAUCCUGAACGUUUAAUUAUGUUUCUGCAUUCAAGUAGGAAUAGAUACCAAUUUACCUUGCAGACAGCAAAACAAUCCAGAACAGUAACAGCGUUUUAACUCCCGUCUAAAACAAAUUGAAAGGCAAAAGAGGAAAGAACUCAUAUGUUCACUCUCUUUAUUUCUCCCCUAAUGCUCCUCCUCCCUGGUGGAGCUGGGGCCGUAAGGCCAAUCAGCGGAUGUUGGAUUGGGGGCUAGCCAAUCAUCCCGCGGAGGACUUAUUUCCCACCCCCUCCAGUCAGCUGCUCGCGCAAGGGCGCCGAGGCGGGGAGACACGCCCCUCCCUCCGCACCUGCGGCGCACUGGUUAGUUGUGUGGCGUCCGCGUCCUCCGUAGGGUGCGGGGUGUGGGAACUCGCCAUGACUGCCAAAGAUAAUUCAUCAUUGUGGGGCUUUGGAACAACAAAAACAUUCAAAAUUCCCAUUGAACACUUGGAUUUCAAGUAUAUUGAAAAAUGUUCAGACGUUAAACACUUGGAAAAAAUUCUUUGUGUGCUCAGGUCUGGUGAGGAAGGAUAUUAUCCAGAACUUACAGAAUUUUGUGAAAAGCACCUUAAAGGAUUGGCUCCAGGAAGUAGAGCUUUGAGGAAAGACAAACCUGCAGCGACAGCAUCCAGUUUUACAGCAGAAGAAUGGGAAAAAAUUGAUGGUGAUAUAAAGAGUUGGGUAUCAGAAAUUAAAAAAGAAGAAAAUAAAAUACACUUCCAUGAAACUGAAACAUUUCCAGCAAUGGAAGAAAAUAUGCCUCCAGUUCGUGGUUCAAACAGCUGUCUUCAUGUUGCCACAGAAAAAUGUUCUAAAAUUAGAUCAGCUAAAAAGAAAAUUCCGAGGGAUUAUGCAGAGUGGGAUAAAUUUGAUGCGGAAAAGGAAUGUUCAAAAAUUGAUGAAGAUUACAAAGAAAAAACAGUAGUAAACAACAAGUCACAUUUGUCUAAAAUUCAGACAAGAGUAGACACAGCAGGUCUAACUGAGAAGGAAAAGGAUUUUCUUGCUACUCGUGAAAAGGAAAAAGGAAAUGAAGCUUUCAACUCAGGAGAUUAUGAAGAGGCUGUGAAAUAUUAUACAAGGAGCCUAUCAGUGCUUCCUACUGUAGUGGCCUAUAAUAAUCGAGCUCAAGCAGAAAUCAAACUACAGAACUGGGACAGUGCUUUUCAGGAUUGUGAAAAGGUCUUGGAGUUAGAACCUGGAAACUUAAAGGCCCUUCUACGCCGUGCCACUACAUAUAAACAUCAAAACAAGCUCCAGGAAGCUAUAGAAGAUUUGAGUAAAGUACUGGAUGUUGAACCUGAUAAUGAGUUGGCCAAAAAAACAUUGUCAGCGGUUGAAAGAGAUCUGAAAAAUUCUGAACCUGUAUCUAAGACUCAGACCAAGGGGAAAAGGAUGGUUAUUGAGGAAGUAGAAAACUCGGAAGAUGAAGACAGAAAGGACAAUGGGAAAAAACAUGAAGAUGGCAGUGGAGAUAAAAAGACCGCGGAGCCGGCGGGAGCCGCGCGCAUCUCCGAGCCGCGCGCCAUGGGCAACAUCCAGAAGAAGCUGACGGGCAAAAGCGAGGGUGGCAAGAGGCCGGAGAGGGGCGCGCAGCGGCGCAGCCGGGCGCCGGGGGUCGGUGCGGACAAGCGGGGCCGCCCACGGGCCCUGGCGACGACGGGCGGUGCCAACGGGCACCCAGGGGGCGGGCGGGGCGCUGGGGACCCCGUCGCGGCCAACGCGUCCCCCGGUCCUGGCGCGCCGUCACCUGCCCCCCGCGUCCCGGUCAGCCCCGCGGGCCUGAAGAGCCAAGGCAACGAGCUGUUCAAAAACGGGCAGUUCGCCGAGGCGGCGCUCAAGUACUCGGCUGCGAUAGCGCAGCUGGAGCCAGCAGGAAGUGGAAGUGCAGAUGAUCUAAGUAUCUUAUAUUCAAAUAGAGCAGCGUGUUACCUAAAGGAAGGAAACUGCAGUGGCUGCAUUCAAGAUUGUAACAGGGCUCUGGAACUUCAUCCAUUCUCAGUCAAACCUCUUCUUCGACGAGCAAUGGCCUAUGAAACUUUGGAGCAGUAUCAGAAAGCUUAUGUGGAUUAUAAAACAGUGUUGCAAAUAGACUGCGGAAUCCAGAUAGCAAAGGACAGUAUUAAUAGAAUAACAAGAAUUUUAAUGGAUCUCGAUGGACCAAGCUGGCGGGAGAAGCUGUCACCCAUUCCUUCUGUGCCCACUUCUGCACAAUUGCACCCUUGGCGACCUGCAGCAGAAAUGCUCCAGCAGCAAGUGGGAGAUUCCUGCAGCCAGCACCAACCAGGCAUCAGAGGUGGAGAUGAAAAAAUGUUUAAAACCCUUAAAGAAGAAGGAAAUCAAUGUGUAAAGGACAGAAACUAUAAAGAUGCCCUUAGUAAAUACAGUGAAUGCUUAAAGAUUAACAAUAAGGAAUGUGCCAUUUAUACAAACAGAGCGCUCUGUUACUUGAAGCUGUGCCAGUUUGAAGAGGCAAAGCAGGACUGUGACCUGGCGCUUCAAAUAGAUAACAGGAAUGUGAAAGCGUGCUAUCGACGAGCUCUUGCUCAUAAAGGACUCAAGAAUUAUGAGAAAAGUUUAAACGAUCUUAAUAAAGUUCUCCUAUUAGACUCCAGUAUUGUUGAGGCACAGAUGGAACUGGAAGAGGUAACCAGAUUCCUUAAUAUUAAGGAUAAUGCAGCAUCAUUCAACAAAGAAAAGGAGAGGAGGAAAAUUGAGAUUCAAGAGGUGAAUGAAGGCCAUGAAGAGCCUGAAAAGACGUCAGAGGAGGUCUCCACUGACUGCCAUCCAUCUGUGAAGGGACACACAAGCAAUGGGCCACCAGACUGCUCUGAAAAACUAGCGAUCGCCAAGCCUAACAAUGCCUAUGAAUUUGGUCAGGUUAUAAAUGCUGUCAGUACUAGGAAAGAUAAAGAAGCCUGUGCACACCUCUUAGCCAUCACUGAACCGAAAGAUUUGCCAGUGUUGUUGAGUAACAAACUUGAAGGGGAUAUAUUCCUCCUCCUCAUUCAGUCCCUGAAAAAUAACCUUAUUGAUAAAGAUCCCUCAUUGGUAUAUCAGCAUCUUUUAUAUCUGAGUAAAGCAGAAAGGUUUAAGAUGAUGUUGACACUAAUUAGCAAGAGCCAAAAGGAGCAAAUUGAACAGCUCUUUGAUGACCUCUCAGACAAACCAAACAAACAUUUUACUUCAGAAGAUAUUCAGGCCCUAAAAAGGCAGUAUGAGCUUUAAAUCAAGAUUAUUGUUAGAUUUCUUCCAUGCAUGUAUGUGUCCCAGUAAUGCUAAUGAGAUGGUAUUGUAAAACAGCUGCAUGGAUAAAACCUGGCUUAGAAAAGAUCCCUUGGUCUGGACUAGAAAAUAUUUUACUUAUUUUUAUACAUAGAACAUGUAUAUUCUAUAGUCUGCUUUUUAUUAGUUGUAAAUAUUUUCUUAUGUACCAGAGCUAACAUCUUUAUAUUUAACAAUAAGUGUAUUUGGAACUGGUUAAAAUGUAUUUUAAUUUAUAGCAUACAUUUUCUUUUAAUAACUUGUUAAAAAUUUGAGUUAAAUUAUAUUUUUGGGCUAUGAAAAAGUCCACUUAUGUUUGACAGAAAUGUAUUUCUUUAAAAUUCAUUUUUAACAGUGAAAAUCAUUAAUAAUGAUUAUUACAUCACCUUUAUUUCCUGCUAAGAUAUAUACACGUCCCAUUUUAUACUACUUGUAUAUUAUACAGUCUGCUAAGAUGAAAUGCAUUAUAUGUCUAGAAUAUGAAAUGAUUAUUAAAUAAACUGUGAUUAUUAAUUUAGAACUAUAAGAGGAACUUAUUUUUUUCUAAAUCAAGAACAAAAAUUGCCAAGAAUUUCUACAACUUUUUACUAGAGUUUAAAAAGCUACUUUCCCUUAUAAAUUGUUACGUAAGCAGUAACAAAACAACCAAUAUAGAAAAGUAAACUAAGCCUGCUUUUCUAUUUGAAUUAUCACCCCCAAAUAUUUAAAGGCUUUCUCCCCCAUCUUUUAACCAUGACCAUAUUUAUUCCCUUAAUAUAAAAGGGAAGGUGAAGAACUCAUCAUAUUGAAAGCUCCUUUGUUAACUGAAUCAAAAUAAAGGUAUUUCUUAAAAUACUCAGGUCUUGCACCAUAGUCUUUAGUCAGUUCUUUUUCUCUGGAGGAUUUUCCUGUUCUUUAGAAGUGAACACAAGUGAUGAAUAUCAUUUGUAGUAUUUCCAUAUUCUUUAUUAUUUUAUUUAAUUUUAUAUAAUUAUAUUUUUAAAAAUCAUUGCGGGUAAAUAGUACCUUUCAAACUACGCCAUUUUUCUUUAAAACUGUUCUUUGUUCAUAAGUGAAAAUCUACUGUAAUGGGUAUUUAAUUCUAAUCGUCAAGCAAACAAAUUGAAACAAAGUUUUCUUCAGUGCUAUUAAAUUUUUGUAAAAGUAUAUGAUGGAGUGUUAGUAACUUUAUAGUAGAGACAUAAGG